CUUAGUCCUUAGUGCUUGGCUCCUGUUACUAUGAAGAUCAGGUACAAUACAGAUCACUGUGUUUGCCAGUAAAGAAGAAGCAUUAUAAGAAUAUCUGACAAAUUCAGUUGCUGAACAAGACAAUGUCUGACAAGACCGAGACCCAAACCUCAGACUAUCCUGAUGCACACGGAGGGCGUCUAGAGGAAAACCCGGGCACUGGGCUAUUAAAUGUGAAGGAAGAGGAUGAGACAGAUGACAUGAAUAGUCAUCAGACUGAAAUACAUUGCUCCCUCCCUGCCGAUGAAGAUAACGCUGAUAUAGUGAAAGUUGAGAUAACAGAAGAUCUGUGUGUGAGGCAUCAGCUGGAAGCACCAGAUGAGGAAACCAGUGACAGCUUUAGCCCAGGCCGUAUGGAUGUGACACCUUCAGAUGGCUCAGCAGUUGAGUGCAGAGGAGAACCGUAUGUGUGCGAUCACGUGAAGCCUGAGCAGGAUGAAGUUCCUAUAAAUAUGGCUACAGAUGAACUCACAAACUGCUGUUAUCCUUGUCAUGGUCAGAGUGCAGAUGCUUCUUCCAGUCUUCUUCAAAAACAAAGAAACCACAUAGGAAAUUUAUGUUCUGAAUGUGGGAAAUGCUUCACAGAUAAAUCAUUUCUUUUUGACCAUCUGAAAUCUCAUGCAGGAAAUAAAGCAUUUCCAUGUUCUGACUGUGGGACAUGUUUUACUCAAAAUUCAGAUCUUAUUCAUCAUCAGAAAAUUCAUACAGGAGAGAAAGCAUUUUCAUGUUUUGAAUGUGGAAAAAGUUUUACUUGGAAAUCAUAUCUUAUUAGGCAUCACAAAGUUCACACAGGAGAAAAAGCAUUUUCAUGUUCUGAAUGUGGGAAAUGUUUUCCUCAGAAAUCUACUCUGAUUACACAUCAGAAAAUUCAUACAGGAGAGAAAUCAUUUUCAUGUUCUGAAUGUGGGAAAUGUUUUACUCAGAAAUCAUCUCUUAUUACACAUCAGAAAAUUCAUACAGGAGAGAAAGCAUUUUCAUGUUCUGAAUGUGGGAAAUGUUUUACUUUGAAAUCAUUACUUAUUAGGCAUCACAAAGUUCACACAGGAGAAAAAGCAUUUUCAUGUUCUGAAUGUGGGAAAUGUUUUCCUCAGAAAUCUACUCUGAUUACACAUCAGAAAAUUCAUACAGGAGAGAAAUCAUUUUCAUGUUCUGAAUGUGGGAAAUGUUUUACUCAGAAAUCAUCUCUUAUUACACAUCAGAAAAUUCAUACAGGAGAGAAAGCAUUUUCAUGUUCUGAAUGUGGGAAAUGUUUUACUCAGAAAUUAUCUCUUAUUAUACAUCAGAAAAUUCAUACAGGAAAGAAAGCAUUUUCAUGUUCUGAAUGUGGUAAAUGUUUUACUUUGAAAUCAUAUCUUAUUAGGCAUCACAAAGUUCACACAGGAGAAAAAGCAUUUUCAUGUUCUGACUGUGGGAAAUGUUUUCCUCAGAAAUCCUCUCUUAUUACACAUCAGAAAAUUCAUACAGGAGAGAAAGCAUUUUCAUGUCCUGAAUGUGGGAAAUGUUUUACUCAGAAAUCAUCUCUUAUUACACAUCAGAAAAUUCAUACAGGAGAGAAAGCAUUUUCAUGUUCUGACUGUGAGAAAUGUUUUACUCUAAAAUCAUGUCUUAUUACACAUCAGAAAAUUCAUACAGGAGAGAGAGAAUUUUCAUGUUCUGACUGUGGGAAAUGUUUUACUCAGAAAUCCAAUCUUAUUGAACAUCAGAAAAUUCAUACAGGAGAGAAAGCAUUUUCAUGUUCUGUCUGUGGGAAACGUUUUACUCGGAAAUCAUAUCUUAUUAUGCAUCACAAAAUUCACACAGGAGAAAAGGCAUUUUCAUGUUCUGACUGUGGGAAAUGUUUUACUCAGAAAUCAUGUCUUAAUAGGCAUCACAAAAUUCACACUGGAGAAAAAGGAAUUUUCAUGUUCUGACUUUGGGAAAUAUUUUUUUUGGAAAUCAAAUCUUAUUGAUUAUCUGAAAAUUCAUACAGGAGAGAAAGAACUUUCAUGUUUUGGCUGUGGAAAAUGUUUUACCAGAAAAUCAACUCUUAUUGAUCAUUAGAAAAUCAAUACAGGAAAGAAAGCAUUUUCAUGUUA